GCCGCGGGAAAGAUGACCCCGCUUUUCCAGAUGUUGUCAAAAAAUAAAAUGCUUCUUGCGAUCGUUCUCGUUGAGUUUUUCUUAUGAAGUGCAAGUGGAUUUUAAGUUUAAAGUCAUGUCAUUGUACGUGUUAGAGUUAGUAGUCUGUGUCCUCUGGGUACUACUAUAUAUUUAACUACUAGUAGUGCUUGUUUCAUCGAAGUAAACAAAGUUGUACACUGCGAGCAAUAGCCCCCUUUGGAAUCUUCUAAUCCCUUACUGUGACGCGCGGGCAAUAGUGUAAUACAUAGUCCUGUACUACUCGUUUCGACUUCUAAUCCCUUACGCGCAAGGCAAGCUUCUCUUCUUUCUGACGCAGCAGAACGUCGCUGAGUUUGUUUUCCACUUCCGUCCUGAUCGAAUCGGUCUCUUUGCCGCAUGCAACGGGGCUGCUGCGAUCUUUGCGAAUCUAGUACUGGUGUACUUGUUCACCUUGUGCACGAGAUACGACAAGACCGUCUUCAUGCUGGGAGGCGGAGCGUCAGCUAUCAUGAUGAUUCUCUACGGUUUUACC